AAUGAAUGUCAUAUCAAAUGUCUACAUAAUAAAUAUUAACUAUAAGUCAACAAAUAAAAAUAAAUUUAGCAUAAAUGAAAAAUUCACCCUAAGAAAGCAUCAAGAGGUUGGGCAGAACUUGUUGCCUCUCUCCGAGAAAAAUAAUUAUCUGAUCGCGUCCCUGCAUACAUGGGCCCAUACUCUUUGCAUGGGCCCUAUUUACUACAUAUAGAAACAUGUAUUUAUUAAGUACCUCCACGUUUGAAAGGUUGUGUCGUUUUUUUUAACUAUACGUGCCUGAAUGGGAAAUGUCAAGAAUUAUUUGUGCCGAAAUUAAUCAAUAACAAUAAAAAUAUACGUGUAUAUGGAUCUUUGCGAGUGAGGUAAUAUUAGAAGUAUUAUCAAUGCCUCUGUACUGUACAGUUGUGCCCUGGUUAUGUCGGCUAUUUUAUCAGGCUUUCAAUUAUUAGGGCCAAUUAAACCAAGUGAUUAAUCAGCGAUGCUCGUUAUUCCAUUUGAUUGAUAGCCCUUUUUACAUUCUAUAAUAGUGCUAAAGAUGUUCGGCUUACAGAAAUAAUAAUUAGUAGUAAUUUAUUUAUAUAUUUAUUAAAGGUAUAUUGGACUUACAACCUACUUUCCAUGUUAUAAUCAGUUUCAAGCGUAUUGUGGUCAAUUGUGGCUGAUUGAACUCGCUCAAACGCCACGUUGUUUCUUUUAGACAGUGAACGACACAAAAGCAUUAGCUAAGAGUAUCUAUUACGGUGUAUGUUAUUGAAGUUAUGUAAAUUGUGCGCUCCAGUACAGCUUCUUCGUCUUCCGUAUUAUUUACAUUCUAAAUUGCAAUCGAUUACAAUGGAUUCAUUCAAUCAAAGAUUAAAAUCCUUGAUUGUGAAACUGCAUGAAAUCAAUGCUCUGAAAUUUGGGAACUUCAAAAUGAAAGUAGGAAUCAAUUCUCCAGUGUACUUUGAUUUAAGAGUAAUUGUUUCCUAUCCUAAAGUAAUGGGUUCAUUGUCCCGUCUUCUGUGGGAGUUCAGCAACAGCAGUUUGGAUCCAUUUGACCACAUCUGUGGGGUUCCUUACACAGCUUUGCCUAUUGCAUCAAUCAUAUCAGUAGAGGCAGAUGUUCCCAUGUUGAUUCGCCGUAAAGAAACAAAAGAUUAUGGAACAAGAAAGUUAAUUGAAGGAAAAUUUGAGGAAGGGGACAGAUGCCUUAUAAUUGAAGAUGUAGUUACAUCAGGCUCAAGUAUCCUGGAAACUUUCAGAGAUUUGAAAACUGAAGGUUUAUCUGUUACAGAAGCAAUUGUUGUUGUUGAUCGGGAACAAGGUGGAGUACAAAAUCUAGCUUCUCAUGGCCUUAAAAUGAGAAGUUUAUGCACAUUGACCCAAAUCAUGAACACAUUACUUGAAAAGGGAAAAGUUGAUCAAAAUACAGUUGAUCAAGUGAAGAAUUACAUAUCUUUAACACAGAUUCCUUUGAAAGAUUAUGUUCCAGUGAAAGAAGGUGGGCAUUUAUUAGCAUUUCUUGUAACUUUGUUCUUAAAGAAUUCAUACAUUCAAAUUUAUUUUAUUUGGUUUCUCUUCUCCUCAGUGCUCACUAGUAGCAAAUCCCGGGAGUAUCCUUCCCAUCCUCUAAUCCUCAAGCCAGCAUAUUUUUGUGAUUUUACUUUUAAAACAUUCAUAUUUGCGUUCUUUAUGGACAUUGAACUUAUUUCAAAAAGGAAUCGGCUGUCGAUGAGUUUUAUGGAUCGUGCUCAAGAAACUAAGAGUUUAGUUGCUGCCAAGUUGUUUCGGAUUAUGGCAGAGAAAAGAACAAAUUUAUGCCUGUCAGCGGAUACUACAAAUUCCAUGGAACUUCUUGAAUUGGCAUCCAAAGUUGGACCUCACAUUUGCUUACUGAAAAUUCAUAUUGAUAUAAUAAAGGAUUUUAGUAAAGAUUUUAUCACAAACUUGGUUGCUCUCACAAAAGAACAUAACUUUUUGAUAUUAGAAGACAGAAAAUUUGCAGAUAUUGGCCAUGUGGUUAAAUUGCAAUAUUCACAAGGAGUACAUGAAAUAUCUUCUUGGGCAGAUCUAGUGACUGUCCAUCCUAUACCUGGACCAGGCAUCAUCAGUGGAUUAAAGGCUGCACUGGAAGAAUUGAGUCAUCAAGACAGAGGAUGUUUUAUUGUGGUAGAAAUGAGUUCUCAAGGCAAUUUGAACUCUGCAGAUUAUAAAACUGCUGCAGUGAAGCUUGCCAUGACUCAUUCUGACUUCGUGGUUGGAAUAGUUUGCCAAUCAUCUUCACUUGUGCCUGAUCCAGGAUUAAUUCAAUUAACUCCAGGUGUCAAGCUUGAUAAAGGCAGUGAUACAUUAGGGCAACAGUAUAAUUCACCAGAACAUGUUGUUCUAAAUGGGGCUGAUGUUGCUGUUGUUGGCAGAGGAAUAACGGAGGCACAAGAUAUAAUUGGCACUGCCAAAGAAUUUCAAACCAGAUUGUGGGAGGCAUAUGAAAAAAGAAUUUCCCCAAAGGAAUAACAAAAAUUUAUUGUGGGAGUCACAUUCCAGUGGGCCUAGACUCUAGGCUCAUAUUUGCAUGAAAUAUAUUAAUAUUGUUAUUUACAUUACGUAAAUUGAACAUGUUUUUUGUUAUUGAAUUCAAAUAUUAACACAAUUGUUGAAUCUCUUUUUUGAAGGUUACUAAAUGGUGGAUUUUUGAUAUUCGUAAAUGUAAAGUUUGGGAAAGGAUUUCGACGUGAUGUAAAAUGGUGGCAAGGCAAAGUUUAUAGACAUAUGAUAACUGACAAUAAGAUGUUGGACUGAGAAGGUAUGAAGCUAUUGUGAACUAAUUAGAACUUACAGUAUUGAGCCUGACAAUAAUGACAUUUUUGAUAAUUAUUUUUUUGACAUAUGCUUAGAACAAUGUUGACAUGCCCAUUACCCUAAAGAGUAUUUGUUUAUAGAACUUUUUAACGAAAUAGGCUGUGAUGUUUCAACAUACAUAUUGCUCAUUCCAUUUUUAUAUUAGUUUUAAAAGCUGAAUGUGCCUUUGUAACACUGAACUUUUAUAAUGCAAUUUUUUGAGACUGAAUAAAUAUAUUUCAAUGUCUGUGUGCCUUUUUCCCCAUAUCCCUUUACAUUGCACUCGGUGGAAAGCCACUUCUUAGCAAUUUGCGCGCGACUGUGACCAUGUUCAAUUAUAAACACCGUAUUCUAUGAACCGUCGGCGGCCAUCUUGUUUCCGUACACGGAGAGGGAGAGGCUUCGAGUUACCGCAUCUAAUCGCAUCACGUUGGCCAUCAAUGCUUUCAACCAACAAAUUGCCACACAUUAAAUCUCAAAUGUUUCACAAACAACUCUUUUUUUUGCCAAAUUCACAAAGUUUUAUUCAGGUUAGGGAUCUUGUUUAGUAAAAGAAAGAAAAAAAAAGCAAUUCAUUCUCAAUACAGACUUUAAUCAUCAUUACAUAAGCAACACUGAGGUGUACGGGUCAUAAAGAAUGCAAACUAUAAACAACAAUAGGUACUCAAUUUAUAUAUACCUCAAGCAGAGAUAUACCACAGACAUUCACACAGGGAAGCAAGCAUUCUUGUAGACUGGAAGAAAAAAAAAGCGUAAUAUUUAAUUAUGUCAGUCAGAAUGUUUUGUACUAUCUCAAGGAAUUUUUGUAUAUUCACAGAAUAUGAUCACUGGUAAGACUACAAUACAUGCCAAGAAUUCUUGACGUCGACUAUUACAGUUCUCCUCAAACUUGCACACAAUCAUCCAUGCUGUAUGAGUAAAUAUUUAGAUGCAAUUGUUUGGUUUUGGUAUAAAGCGAAAUGUACUAAAUUAAAUUGCAUUGCAUGCGGGAGAUUGUUUCCCAUGUCUGAAAAGUUGCUCAUGGGAAGGUUGUAUUGGCACCUUGAUGGCAGGAUUGUAUGUUUAGUUUCUUGUAUCAUAUCGCUGACUUUCAAAACAUCCUGAUUCUGUUCUUUACUUUAAAAUAUUCUGCUAUUCAAUCUCAACCUGUGAUGCAGAGCUGAGUUUAUACGGCAUUAAUACACUAGCCAACAUCAGCAUGCUGGCAAUACACUAACACUUACUAAAAAUAAUACUUUGGAAUUCCAGAGGAAAAGCCAUCUACAUUAAAAAAAACUGCAUAGAUAUCUGAAUACUUGAGUAUGUCCUCCAGAAAACAUUCUUCCCUUUGCUUAAAAUACAUGUAAAAUGCUUAUGAGUAUUUCUUGAGAAACAUUCCUGUUCCAUACAAUUAAAGGCUCUUGAUCUCCAGUACACAAGAGACUCGCGGAAGCCUUAAUACAAUAUAACAAAUCAAAAUUUACAGACCACAAAGUGAUAAAAUACUAGGCCUACUAACUAGACAAAUGGCACAGUAUAACUUAAAAAAGUAUAUAUAAAACUAAUAGGUAAUUUUCACAACCAACAUUCCAGAAAAAUAAAUAGAAACAAAAACAGAUCUGAUAUAAUGCUGUUGUGUCUUAUUCUAUGGGUAACUGACAGCUGUACCCAUUGUCUCGCAUUACUUUAUACACGUGAUUUUCAAUGGUUCAGUACUCAGGUAAACCAUCAAGACAAUGGUGAAAUAAUUUGUUGCAUAUAUUUUUGUGAGGUAUUUUUUACGUCAAUACGCCCUAUUGAUAAAAUGUCACUAUUAUUCCAAAGACCCUAAUUACCGAAAUACAACACAAGUGUUACAAAUUUGGGGUCUUGAAUACAGAAUUGCUGCAUCUAUUGGCUGUACUAUAGGUGAAGCUAUCCUACAGGCUAGCAAUUUUGCAGGUAUUACAAAGAGGUCAGACGCCAUCAGUCUUGCAUGGCUUGCCUAAGCCAUCUUUGCUAUUGUUUUCUAGAAGAACUUUCACACACAAGGGCGUAACAUACUAAAAUGCAUCCUUAGCAGCAGAUACAAACGCCAGGAGAUCCGAGUUCAGAAGGCUGGGAACAUUGGCAUAGUUCCCAUUGGCUGACAUUCAGGAGAGCAGAGGAGGAGGUUGUUCGGCAGAAACAGCAGCCACAGGAAGCUGAGUAGGAGUAUGUUGUGGCUGUGGAGCAUGCUGGCUAAGCUCAGCUUUCACACGGCGAGCAAUGUGACUGCGUGUGUGCUUACGCAAAUGAUCUUUGCGAUAAAAGCCCUUCCCACAUUCAGUGCAGAUAUGCCGCUUUUCACCUGAAUGUAUCACAAAAUGCAAAGUCAGCUGUUCCUUUCGUUUAAAUGCUUUGAGGCAAACUGUGCAAACAUACGGACGUUCAGGAUUGUGACUCUGCUUGUGACGUGUCAGAUGAUCUUUACGUUUCAGACCUGCUCCACAGAUGUCGCACACAAAGCGACGUUCAAGUGUAUGACCUAAUAAAUGCUGUUCCAGAAGUUCCUUUUCUGGGUAGGCCAUGUGACACUCAGGGCAGCAGUAUAAAGUAGAUCCAUCCAAAGCAGUUGUAAGGCGAAUUUCACCUGGUUUAGGUCUGGGCUUCUUUUCUUUGCUUGCCUUCUUCUUCUUCUUUUUCUUUGCACCUCCAGGAACUGGAGCACUGCCUACAACCCCUGGUGUGGCAGAGGAGGCAACACCUAACCCUGGGCCACUCGCAUUAACAGCCAUUUCUGUUUCCUUUUUAAUAUUUUCAGCAGAGUACUUCAAAAAAUGAUGCAAGCUAAGGGGUAAAGUAGAAGCAGGCAAAUGUGAUAAAUAAUCAGCAACAGUAGAUCCUGGGGUAGCUAAACUUUGCCAGGUUGCUGGCAUUGUAGUAGUAGUUUGUGUAGCAUGGUGGUGGUGAUGCUGAUGAUGCAAGGACAUGGAGCCACUAUACUCAGCUUCAUUUGAGCCCGGGCGAUCUUCUUUAUCACCACCAUCUUCACGUUUCACAUCUUUAUCUUUCUCAGCACUUGACAUUGUAUUAUCACGCAUCAUAGCUGCACACAAAUCUUGAGGCUGCAUAUCACCUCCAUGGUAUGUAGCUCGUUUGUCAGCAAGCUGCCGGGCCUGUUGCUGUUGUUGCUGCUCUUGCAGAGAAGGAGAUGAGGUAGGUCGAUUUGGUGGUGGAGGUGGAGGCUGCUGCUGUGGAGGCGGCUGUGGCUGUUGCUGUUGAACUGUACCUGCUUGACUAUAUGGAACACCAACAUUUCCUGAAUAAUGGUGUGUUCCACUUAAAUUUGCUCCAGGAUGAUACUUUGAAGAAUUAGGAUUCAUCAUAUUGCUAACUUGAGGCUGUCCUGCAGAAUUAUUACUACCAUCCCCACGAGAAUACUUCCCCAUGUUUACAGGCAUUCCUAUAGGUGGAUGGUGUUGGUUAAAGUGGGCUGGUCCUGGACUAGAAUGAUACCGAGAUCCUGAUCCAUCGACUGCUUGAGGUGGAAGACCACCACUACCCCCAUCAUGAGAAAAUUUAGCUGCAAAUUGAUGAAUUGUAGGUAUUGAUGCUGGAAAGUGGCUGCCAAAGGGUGAAAAGUUCAUUGCUAUCACUUUAAAGUCUACACUUUGGUAUCAGUAAUACCUGAAAUGUUCUUCCACAUAUAUAUGCUUGGCUUUACUUUUCUGCUGCUUCAGAAACAGAUAAUAUGAAAAAUCCAACAAUUCAGCGUCAUUCUUCAACAUACAAGUUUGCAAACCCGAACAAUGAAGCACGAUUUUCUUUCGCUACUUCGCCAAUGUUAUCGUCAUGCAAGACCUUGUUUCUUGUAAUUCAGAGAGAUGUUCCAAGUCACGAGCUGUACCUUCUUUAACUAACCUGAAUUCCUUCUCUUAACGCGCAUGUCCUUCUUCAUUUCCCACACCUUUGCUACUAUUUUAAGUUCAUAAUAUGAAAAUUACACAAAAAAUACACCUCUUUUCGCUUCUGAAAGCUUUUCGUGAACUUAGAAAACAUAACUUAAUUUCAACACAAAAUUUACUCAAGACAUGUUUCAGCAAGCGUCAUGGCCCGCGCAGAGGCACAAGAUGGGUUCUCAUUGGAGCCUCUUUCGAAAUAAAAUGUCCAUAUUUAGAUCUCCG